AUGUUAUACCUUCAUGUACUUAUCGGAUAUCGCCGAUGUUUAUCCCAAAUCAAUAAAACGAGCAUCUGUCACGAUACAGUAUACUACUGGAUUGUUACCAAUUCUUUAAAGAUAGAUCUAGGGCCCACAUAUUUUUUUGACUUUGCUUCAAUUUUUUAUAUAACAUAUAACGAUAUUUUAGUUUACUUUUAUUAUAUUAUUGCAUUUGAAGCCAGUGCCGUCGCGAUCUGCAUCACCAUGGCCAGUCACCACUUCAUCCCGGUUUAG